AUGCGGCUGACCGCUGUGUCUUUGCUGAUUGGAAUUGCCAUGAGGGGUGCCCUCUUGGUCCUCGUGGUCCUUGUCUUGCUCUCCUGUGUCCCACCAGUGAGAAGCGGACCUAACGCGUACAUAAGAAAGGUCUUUACUUCAUGUUGGCGAAUGGAAGGUGUUUGCAGGCCAAAGUGCGAAAAAACUGAGAUAUACCAUAUUUUGUGUGAUACUACCAAUAUGUGCUGCAUAGAGAAAAAGCAUUUACCAAAACAGCCUAAACCGGCUGGGUAA